AUGUAUGAUGACACAGAAGUGCCAAACCCAGGGAAAGUUUUCCAGCUAUAUGGGAGGACUUGCUGUCCCCUCCCUCCUCAACCCAGAGAGAAAACUGGAAAUAUAGAAGAAGUAUAUGAAGACUUUGACAAAGAGAGUGACUAUGACUGCAUCUCACUUCCUCUUGAAAAGGAGGAGCCAAAGGCACCAGCUGAACCACCAGGCCCUGCCGUUACAGAUACAGCUCAGUCCACUUCUACUCCAACCCAAUGGAAAGGUUGUUGGAGAAACUGCAUAGCUUUGCUCCUGGCUCUCGUUGGUCUCCUGAUUGACAUCAUUCUUCUCUCACAGCAUGCCGCCAUCUUUUUUGAGCUCAGGAAGCUGAAUAUCAGCUCCAAGCAGGAAAGUUGUAGUGCUUCAACAGCCCCUCUAACGGUCAAGGAAUUAAAGAUCACUUUCCUAAAGGAACUUAAAAUGUUAGAAAAGCAUAUUGACGAGAGGAGUGAAGCAAGUAAUAGAAAAGUGGAGGAACAAAUAUCUAGAAUAGAAGGAAAAAUGAGCACAUUGAAAAAUAGAAAAGACACCUGCAAGGAGCCUGACCCUCUAUCCUGGCAUCAGUUUCAAGGAAGCUGCUACUACUUCUCAGAUAAUGAAAAACAGUGGGAAGAUGCCAGAACAUGGUGUUCUACUUAUAAUUCCCACCUGGUCAUUAUUAACAGCAAGACUGAGCAGGAUUUUGUGGUUAAGAGAAUAAAACUCACAUCAGUCUGGCUUGGUGCAAAUGAUAUACAGAUGGAGGGAAACUGGCAUUGGAUUGAUGGAUCACCUCUAGGACAAAGGUUCUGGAAGCCAGGAGAGCCCAACAAUGUUGGUGGUCAUGAAGAUUGUGCUGUCCUGCAUAGGGAGGGUAAUUGGAAUGACAUUGCCUGUAAUAGAGAAGUCCACUUUGUCUGUGAAAAGACAGUUGUUUCUGUGCUUCCUUAAGAAAGGAGGAAGUGAAUCUCCCCGUAUGGCAUCCCUGGUGCAUGUUUCAAACAGUUCCCUUCUCUAAAUAUAGCUAUU